AGGCUUUGAAGGAAGGGAGGAGCGAGGGGAGGGUGGUGCUGCUCGUGUGUGGGCUGGGACGGUACCUGAAGCAGAGGGAGCAGCGCGCUCAGAGAGGCAAGGAGACAUGGAAGGAGCCUGCUGUGGAGCAAGUGAGAGCAGCGAGGCGCUGGCGCGGCUAGCAACGCACUUUGCGCGCGUGGGAGUGCGUGUGUGCAGCGACGAGUGGGUGAUGGCAGAGCACGUGGCCGCCAUGCACCGAGCACACGCCGAGAAGAUGUACAGGCCUGCUUUCAGCCGCCUGCACAUAGUGCAGAACUGCGGAGCUGCCAACCCCAAGGACCCCUUCUUCCAUGCCGCCCGCCGCAACACAUGGGCGAGCAUGCUGAUGGCCAUCCCAGGGGUGUCAGCGAGAGACGCCAUGACCAUCACCCGCAUGUAUCCCUCCAUGCACUCGCUGCUCUCCGUCUACCGCUCCAACCUCCCGGAGCGAGACAAGCAGCUUCUGCUUUCCAAGAUGGUCAAAAUACAGCUUGGAAACAACACCACAACAGUCGGCACUGCUAAUGAUGCAUGUGAUGAUGAUGCUGGCGACAAUGCCACUGGUGAUGCUGAUGUGGCAGUGAGAGGGAGUCAAGGUGGCGGUGGUGUUGCUGGGAUGAGGCGAGUGGAGCGUAUGGGCCCUGUAAUGUCACACAGGAUAUACCAUGUUCUCACAUCCAACGAUGCAUCGAGCAUGGCGAUUUUGUGA